CCACGCAUUCAUUUUCUAUGUGUGCGCCUUUGUUAUGUCGCCGACUGGAAACACACUCAUUCAGUUUUGGUUUGACACGCCGCAGAUACAUUUGGUUUGAGCUUUGUAGCUAAGUGUGAUUUUCUUUUAGUUGUUAAAAUGUCGGAGGCUCUGUUGGAGUGGUGUGUGGACCAGUUACACCACAAGUUCGGGUUGGAGGCGUGUGAAGACAUCGUUCAGUACAUUCUGUCCAUUGAAAAUGCUGAAGAGAUCGAGGAGUAUGUUGGAGACCUGCUGCAGGGCACAGAUGGGAGAAAAGGGAUGUUCAUAGAUGAAUUCCUCAGCAGAUGGAAGAAGACUAAAAGACAGACGGCAGAUAUCUCAAGUCUUUUUCUUGUCAAAGAAUCUUUCUCAUCACCAGAUUCACAAGACAUGACCAAAGAUACCCAGAAGAAGUCUAAACGUAAAGGCCGUAACAAACAGGAACUGCUGACUGUGAGCCAAACAGAACCUGAACCAGAAGCCGUCAAAACCCCCAUUGAUCUGAUGAGGGCCCAAGAACACAGCGGUAGUUCUUCAACAAAGAAGAAAAGUAAGUUUGUCAAUCUCUAUGCUAAAGAGGGACAAGACAAGCUCUCUAUCUUACUCCCAGGCCGGCAUGGCUGUGAAUGCCUUGCCCAAAAGCACAAACUCAUCAACAACUGCCUCAGCUGUGGUCGCAUCGUGUGUGAGCAGGAGGGCUCAGGACCCUGCCUCUUCUGUGGCAGCCUGGUUUGUACAAGAGAGGAGCAGGAGAUCCUGCAACGAGACUCCAACAAAAGCCAGAAACUAAGAAAGAAGCUUAUGGGAGACGCAGCAGAAAGAGAUUAUCUCCCACACCAGGAGGCCAAGAUGAAGGCUGGCCUGGAGAAGGCUGUCCAGCACAAAGACAAACUGCUGGAAUAUGACAGGAACAGUGUCAGGAGGACGCAGGUUCUGGAUGAUGAGUCGGAUUACUUCGCAACUGAUUCCAAUCAGUGGUUGUCACCUGGCGAGCGAGAAAAGCUGAGAAAAAAGGAAGAGGAGCUUAGAGAGAUUCGCCAUGCUUCUCGCAAGGACAGGAAGAUCACGCUAGACUUCGCUGGAAGACAAGUGAUCGAUGAGGGAAACAACCUCAACGAGUACUACAACAAGUUGGAUGAGACUGUCAUGGCUAUGAACAGCGGAUCUAUAUCAAAAUCCCCCAAAUAUUCUCAAGGAAAAGGUGGAAGUCAGACCCUCGGAGACCUGGUCAACCCUAACAUAAUGCAGUCUGCACCAGAGUGGGUGGAUGUUGGAGGCGGUGAGAAGCACAAGAGAAACGUUAAGCAGCAGGGAAAGAGCUCGGCCGAGGAUAAAGGAGGAGAAGAACGUCAAAAGUUGCGUCUCCAAGACAAAGAACUGCAGGAGAUGUCUGACGGGGGCUGGUGCCUCAGCAUGCACCAACCGUGGGCCACACUGCUGGUCAAAGGCAUCAAGAGGGUUGAAGGUCGAACUUGGUACACAUCCCAUCGGGGUCGUCUUUGGAUUGCUGCUGCAGCUAAGAAGCCCACUCCUCAGGAGAUCUCUGAGGUGGAAAUGAUGUACCGCCACAUCAACAAGAAAGCGCCCAUGUUUCCCAAAGAAUACCCCACUGGCUGCCUGUUGGGCUGCGUCAACGUGACUGACUGCCUGUCGCAGGCGCAGUUCAGAGAACAGUUCCCUGAUACCUGUGAGGAGUCGGCUUCCCCAUUCGUCUUCAUCUGCACCAACCCCCAGGAGCUGCUGGUGAAAUUCCCCAUGAAAGGGAAGCACAAGAUCUGGAAGCUGGAGAAUCAGUACCACCAGGGUGCCAAGAAGGGGCUGGUCCCAUCAGCUGCAGAGUGAUGUCAGAGGAGAAGCUGAGGAGGAAAAACGGCCUGAUCUCACGGGAACACGGCAAAUUAUGUUUUCCAAAAAAUUGCUUCAUUCUCCACUGGGUUGUCCUGACUUUUUAUCAGGAGUUGUCAACGCUAAAAUAUUUUUCAAUAUCAGCUUAGUCUGGGUUGUUAAUCAGUGGAAUUUACUUUUUGAAUAAGGAAUGAUGCUUAAAAGUAUACUUUACAUAGAUAUGUAAUCACUUUAACAGAUUUCUAUUCUCUGCUUUGUUUCUAAAUGACUCUCCUUAAAAAAAUCCUUUUUCAAAUUCGUUUUCAUCUUUUGCUUUUCCUAUUCCAAUUAAAAUCUGAUGAGCAAAAAUGAAAUAAGCUUGUAUGUUGCUAAUUAUGGAUGUGGUUUCUCAAAGUAUGGAGGGAUAAACUAGCAAUAGUUUUACCUCAGGUUUUAUGAAAUGGAUAUAUGAAAUAUCCAUUCUUAUUUUUGAACAAGAACCUAAAAUUCACAAGGGAAAUGGUCUUCCUCUCUCCUCGUCAUCAGAGACGAGCCUGCCGUUACCCUUCUCACACCUAAGACCAUUUAGACCAACAAUGGCGCUGUGUCAGAAAACACAGCCUCCUCAUUCAUUUCAAUGAGACCAUUUCAUUGGCACAGCAGGGGGGAGGAUGAUGCAGAGGACUCCAGCAAAACAAAGCAGGGCAGUCAAGCAAAAAUGUUUAUCCUGGCUCAUCAGCGUAAUCUAACGUCACCCAGCAACACACUGCUGAGCCUAAUCCAAUACAUGCAUGUGCUCAUUCCAUACCUUGCACUGUGUAAACUUAAGCAUUAUGCCAAUUAUGCUGUUUACCUCACAAGCACUGAUCAGGAAUAGAAAAUUAUUGUAAAUAGGGAUGGGAAUAAUUAAUCGAUGAUCGAUUAAUGGUCGUUAAGAAUUUGGUUGAUCACGUGGAUUUUUAAGUCGAUCUGUGGAUUUUUACAUUUUAAUUUUAUCUAUGACUGUGUAUCAGUAUCACUGAACUGAAACACGGCCAAUCGUUCAGUUCAGCUGCCGUACGUCAAUAAGCCAAUGAGCUUAGAAUUAAGUUGGAUAAAGCUACAGUUUAUAAAACACAUGUUUUUGUGUGUAUUCAUUUGAGCAAAACUACAUUACUGUAUCAAACCUUGCUAGCAUGAAUUACCAGGUUUAAUUUUAUCAAAAACUUAUUUAAACACAAAACACACUUAAAUAUGCAAGAUUACUGUGAAAACUAACUCUAAAACUCCUUGACAUUGUCUUUACAGUUUAAUCUCAGCUGAGUUAGUUUUACGAUUGACAGGAUCAAGUCUCUUUUCGUCCUUUCAAAAUAAAAGCGUCCAUUAUCAAAACAGGCUUUUGCAUAGUACUGUAUAUACAGUCAUGCAAAAAAAAAUAUAUGACCACCCCUUUUCUUCUAUUUCUUGUUCAUUUUAAUGCCUG